AUAAUUUUAUGUUUUUAGAAUUUCUUAUUCAUGUCUGUAGCUCAUUAUCAAUUAGACAGUUUUAAUGUUUUCCUUUUAUUUUCUGUAAAUGGGGGUAUUCAAGAUAAUAAAUCCCAGUGUUUGUUUGCCUUUAUUUGUUUUGAAGUGGGGAUGUUUUAAAUUUCUCACAUAAUUAAAUAUUUUCAUUGGUAUUAUCCAGUUUUUCUUAAACUCUUACAUUAAAUUCACUCAGAUAAUUUUCACAGUUUUUUUGAUAGAGAGCUGAUUAUAUGAAUACUGCAGAAAUGAAUAGGUAUGAAUUUUAAUUUGAUGGCUAAUGAGCAACUGAACAGUAUUUCAAAAAGAUGCCAAAAAGGUGUCUGGAAAUACCCCCCUCCAUGAGUGUGGCCAAAGUGAAGAACAAUAUAUUAAAAUUUAGCCAGGCACGAUGGCUGACGCCUGUAAUUCCAGCACUUUGGGAGGCCAAGGCAGGAGGAUCACCUAAAGUCAGGAGUUUGAGACCAGCCUGGCCAACAUAGUGGAACCCCAUCUCUACCAAAAAAUACAAAAAUUAGCCUCAGCCUCGGGAGGCUGAGGCAGGAGAAUCGCUUGAACCUGGGAGGCAGAGGUUGCAGUGAGCCGAGAUCUUGCCAUUGGACUCCAGCCUGGGUGACAGAACAAGACUCUGUUUCAAAAGGGGGAAAAAAAUAUGUAUAUACAUACAUUUUUUUUUUCAUUUAACUUCUGAAUAGUGAAUAUACAUCUCUUGUAUGGGGCUAUAGAGUGAACAAUCUCAUUCCCACCUCAGUGCAUUCCACUCAAUGUCCCCUCCCUACAAUCACUUGUAUUCAUUUCCAGAACUUAUUUAUGUAAAAAUAAACAAAAGUUAAUGUUUCUAUUCUUCCUUCUUUAGUUUUAAAAUGAAAGGUAGCAUACUGUACACAUUGUUCUAAGCUUUGUUUUUCUUCAUUGGGCAAUAUAUCUUGUAGCCCUUUCCAUAUCAGAAUAUAGACUGUGUCCUCAUUUUUCAGAGCUGUACAGUAUUCCAUUAUGCAGGAUGUACCAUGAUCUGUUUAACCAGAUCCCCACUGAGUUCAGCCUUUUUCUGUUACAGUUUUGCAGUGACUAACCUUGUACACAUGCCAUUUCGUAACUGUACAAGAACAACUCUAAGAUAAAUUCCCCCAGUUGAAAUUUUUCUGAGGCAUUUGGGUAAUUACAAAUACUGAUCCAGGUUGUAUACCUGAACAAUUAUAAUUUUGUGAGCCUUCAUUAAGAAAAAUAAUACAAGAGUGAGAAAUUUCAUCAUGCUGUGUAGGGACUAACAAUGGACACCCGGAAGGACAUUCAAACCCCAAAGCAGCAGCCAAUGGCAUAUAACUGUAGAGAAUGUCACACAGAAAAUGACAUGAAGUCCAGGGAUCCAGUCAAAUGUGGAGAAUGUGGUUACAGAAUAAUAUAUAAGAAAAGGACUGAAAGAUUGGUGGGUUUUGAUGCCCAGUGAAACCUGGGAAUUCAGAGAACAUUUUCGUUUGUACUUGGAUUUGCCAUUAAUGUUUCUCAUUGUAUAGCUUUCAAUGUAACAUUCUUAUCUUUAUGAUUAUAACA